AUGGAGAGAAAGCAGAACAGCAGCCAUGAGCACACGCUGCAGGAAGCUGCCAUGUUAAAGACUAUGCUGUUGAAACAGAGCACGAAGAGCGGCCUGAACCUCUAUGACCACCUGACCCGGUUACUAAUAAAGGUGAUGGAUGAGCAGCCACAGGAUGCGGUGGACGUGAUCGAGGAUAUUAGUCGUGACUUGAAGCGGGCUUUGUUUGAAGACAAGCAAAGCACCCUGCGAGACCUGCCAAACACUACAGCUGCUGAGCUGCUCGCUGAACAGCAUCUUCAUCUUUUUCGUCAGCCAGAGGACAGUGAGCAGGAGGAUGAGCUGGAGGGUUACCCUCUUCCUAAUUUGAAUGAGAUCGGCUUCUACCUGGAGCAGGCUGGAGCUGGUCUGGGCAGAGAGGAGAUGCAGAUGAUUUUUCUCGCGCUCAAGCAGCUUGUUGAGUCGCAGGAGCUCCUGCGCUGCAGACUGUGGGGGAAGAUUCUGGGGUUAGAGAGCAACUAUAUUGUUGCUGAAACUGAGAGCAGAGAGGGGGAGGAGGAGGAAGAGCAGAUCUCUGAGGAAAAGGAGAGAGAGGCAGAGACUCAGGAGCAUGACGAGAAUGAGAUGGAUCCUCUUCCUCAGUCGAAGUAUAAACCCCCACGAGUGUUGCCUAAGGAGCCCGUGGGAACAGGCGUUAACAAGUUUGUUUACUAUGUUUGUAAAGAGCCUGGUCUUCCUUGGGUGAAGCUGCCGUCAGUCAGUCCUCUCCAGAUCGUUGUUGCUCGCCAGAUUCCUAAAUUCUUCACUGGGAAGCUGGACUCACCAAUUAACAGCUACCCACCUUUUCCUGGGAAUGAAGCCAACUACCUGAGAGCACAGAUUGCUCGGAUCUCUGCUACCACACAGGUCAGCCCCCAGGGCUUCUUCCAGACUGUGGAGGAAGAAAGUGAUGAGGAAGAUGAGGAAACACGAGACAGCUAUGAAGUGAAUCCUUAUUUUAAAUGCAUUCCAGCUGCUAAGAUGGCUCAGUCUCUGUCCAACUGGGUUCAUCAUGUUAAGCACAUCCUGCCGCAGGGCCGUUGUACUUGGAUGAACAUGAACGUGGAACCAGAGGACUCGAUUGAUGAAGAAGAGGCUGAGGAGAAAGAAGAGGAGGCUGAUGAACCUGAGCACGAAGAUGGGCCCCCUCUGCUCACUUCCCUUUCUCAAGAUGAGGAUAUAUUCAGCACCUCUCCCUGGAGCUCAAGGUUGUCCUCCACUCGCAUCCCUCAGUAUGCAAUAUCUGUGCUGCAUUCUAACCUCUGGCCGGGGGCAAUUGCAUAUGCUUGUGAAAAGAAGUUUGACAACAUCUAUAUUGGAUGGGGCCUGAAGUAUGUCGGGGAAGGGUACAGCCCUCCUGUCCCAUCACAACCACAGACAGAAUAUCCUAGCGGUCCAGAAAUCGCAGAGGCACUGGACCCAACACCGGAGGAGGAACUGGCGCUGAAAGAGACUUUGGAAGAGGAGCAAGCUGCCCAGGAGGAGUUGGAUGACACAGAUGGAGAGGAUGAAGAUGAUGACUGAGAAAACAGUUACACAUUUAAAAAAAAUCUAAGUUUGACCUUUCAUGUUUUAUUUAUUAGGCAAUGGCCAGUAAAUCACUUUAG